CAUUCAUUAAAACGAAAAAUGAAAAUAGCUACAAAGUCGUAAAGCAAAAAGUUCUGUGAAAUACUAGUUUAGUCCAUAUAGGAAUAAAUUGACGUAGUUCUUGUUAUGGUUGACAUCACAAUUACUGAAGCUCUGCUUAGCAUUGCAUUUUACUCCAUAAGCGAUAUUGCGAGCGAAGCGGUAUAAAAAGUGUCAUUUAGCGAGUGGUCAGGCGGCGACUUUGACUGCGUAGGAAGGAAGGAUACGAGAAUAUGCUUGAGCAGCCGGCAAUUCGCAAUUGACCAGCAUUUUUUUUUUCGUUAAAAGCCUGAAUCGAAAUAUAACGCGUUGGAUGCAUAGAAUGUAGGAAUAUGGGAAAUUAAUGAAAUCUAACUUAAAGUCCGCUGAACACCAUUGCCCAUCGAUAUUGCAUGCUGAGAUAACGACCUCGUUUGAGAGGGAUGUUUUAUCAUCAUCAAACAACUACACCAUUGAUUUCCGGUGCACCACCAUUUGCUUGGGCUACUGCAGGAAAACAUAGUGAUAGCGGUAUUCUGCCUGCGCCGCCGGUUGUACAAAUAAUGUUACCAAAGCCAUGAAUGAUAUGGUAACACACAAUAUGAGCAACUCACUGGCGACCCUGUGCAACAUUGGCAACUCGUGCUAUAUGAACUCAGUGCUGUACACAUUAAGGUUUGCCCCCAACUUUACCCACAACCUACAUCACCUGGUGGAGUUCCUGGAGCUGGUUUUGCAAAAAACGAACGGCGAUCGGCAACAGGCGCUCCAGCAAAAGCACGGCCACAAUCAGCCACACUCAAUCCAGCACAAACCAAAAUCGUCCUCGCUCGGACGCAACAUACCGGGCGUUCAUGGCUCGAGCGGUCGCAGCUGGAGCAGCAAGGACCUGGCCUCGCUGGGUAGUAUUAAUGGGAACGAUACGGCAGCCACGGGUAACAACUUCCCGCAGCCGGCAGCGGGCGGGGCAGGUGUCAGCGGCAUAAGCACCUUCGGUCCAUACAACGGUAUCGGCAACGAGUGCAGCCCGGCGGCCGCCGCGAGUGGCGGAAAUUGUAUUAAUUCUAGCGCGACCGGAAGCGCAGCUGGCGGCAGUAGUACGUAUCGUAAUGUGCGCGAUGUCGAGGGAGCUGGCAGUGGUGGCGGUGGGCUGAAGAGCAACCGGCACCUCGUCUGUGAAACUUUGCAUGAGCUGUUCCUCAAUCUCGCGCGCAACGAGACAGCGGACGUCAUCGAGCCGUUCCAUGCAGGCGGAUUGCUUCAUGCGGUGCAGUGUGUCAGUGCGACGUUCGAGGGAAAUCAGCAGCAAGAUGCGCACGAGUUUCUGAUGUGCAUCUUGGACAGUGUGCGCGAGUCAUGUCAAACAUUAAAUAAGAAUCUUCUGGAGCACCCGGAUCUCUUGAGGAACAGCUCUUUUUCGAUGGUUGGGCCAGUAGCUGCCCCGCUAGACAUCGUCGACGCGAACUGCGUCAGUCACACGGCUUCCGCUCCGGAAACGAAAUCCAGCAGUGCCCCAUUUAUCGCACGCAACCUGUUCCGCCGGCGCAAGGAGUCACUCAAAAAUGCCAAAUCGGCCCUGGCCAAGGAGGGUAGAUCCAUCACUGUCGACGGCGCCGUUACUUCCUUGCAUCCGACCACCCCGAACACCCCACUUGACGCGUCGCUCGGUGAGGUGGCUAGUCCCUUGAACGCGUCCGCUGCGCAAAAGUCCGGCGCCCACGACGAACGGCUACUGCAAGACCGCAUUCGGGCGCUCGGCUUGAACUUUUUCUGUGAAGACUUCGAGGGCGUGACGGUGUCCCGGACACGCUGCCUGUCGUGCGAGACAGUCACCGAGCAGAAGGAAACGAUGAUAGACAUUGCGAUUCCGAUCACUUCCGGCGAGGGAAACGAGGCUGCCAAGAACCCGCAACAAUUUUAUCAGGAUGCGUGUAUCACGCAGGAAUACUUCCGAGGGGAUAACAAGUAUCGUUGUGAGGUCUGCUCGGGGUACACCGAGGCCUGCCGUACUAUUUCGUUUGACAUUCUUCCCCGGUUGCUGGUGCUGCAGCUAAAGCGCUUCAACGGCGACAUGGAAAAGAUUAACAGUUACAUUCCCACGCCGUUCGUGCUGCAGUGCUUCUGCCGCGACUGUCUCGGCCGGCCGGAGGCCGAGAAGCGCCACGUCUAUCGCCUGUACAGUGUGAUAACGCACGUUGGGGCGCGGAUGUCGGUCGGGCACUACAUCGCGUACACCAGCUCGCUCGAGACGCCGGUGCAGUACUUCAACUGUGUCAAAGAUCGCCAGCGGCGGGUGCUACUGACCGCCACCUCGCUCGAAGCGCACCAGUCGGCUAACGCGGACGGCGUGAGCAACGGUGGGAGUGGUAGUGGUGGUGGCAGUGGUGGUGCGUGCGGCAAGGGACACAACGGCAGCGAGAAAAGCACAUCCGGGCAGCUUAAGAAGCUGUUCGGCGGCAAAAAAGCGUCGAGUGCAGGUGAUAUCAGCAAAAAGUUAAAGAAUAAUGUAAUCAAUCGAUUUUCGCCAAGCAACGGCAUCGAGGCGCUGCAGCUCAAUGGGAACCUUAACACAUCAACGGCAACACCUGCCGGCUCGGGCUCGGGACUCCCGCCGUUGCAGCUGGGCACCAACGAGCCCCUGGGCAGUAUUAGUGGGGCCGCAUUUAACACUCCCACUGCGAACAACUUUGGCAGCUUUCCCUUCAACAAUAACACCAACAACAACAACGGUAUGAAUGGGGCAGCAGGAGCAGACAAUUCGGGACCCGGCACGGCUAAACUACUGCACUCAGGUUGCCCCUGUCCAAGUAUUGCCUGUUGCGGACUGCUAGCAAAAAACAGCGCCUCCCAUAGUCAGUAUCCACCGUUCCCGCAUACGGCCACCGGCGUGGGUGGCAGCAGCGGGACGGCCAACUCCGGCAGUCUGAGCGACGGUGGUAACGUGGCUCGCCUGGGUAACUUUCACAACGCCUCGUCCCUUGCGACGGGCUCGAUAGGCGCGCUGAAUGCCAACUGCAGCAACCACCUCACUUUUCACCUGGGUGAAAUGAAUGGCGACGGUGCGACACCCAAUCUCGGACCGUCAAGCGUCGCGAUCAGCAACACGCACAACCGGCACGUCGUGAACGAUUUAAACCACCACCAGCAGCAGCAGCAACAGCAGCUGAUGUGGUACAUGUGCGAUGAUGAUAAGAUCAAAGUCAUGACACAGCACGAAUUCGAAGAGAUGCUUUCGCCAAACCGCCGUCAUGUGAUAACUCCUUACCUAUUAUUUUACGCUAGGUAUGACGUGCAGCAGCAGCAGCAGCACCAUCAUCAGAAACUCCAACAAUCUCAGCCGAAACCGUCUUCGAAGGCAACAGCGGCCUCUUCCUCCUCCGCUGGCGGUGGCGACGCACUGCUACCCGACUCAAACAGCUUCAACCAAUUCAGCCCAGACGGUCCACUAUCAUCAUUCAUCACAUAAAACUUAAAGCAAAUCUCACGCAGACUAUUUCGUUGGUACGCACCGCAUACGGCGUGAGGUAUAAUUUGUAACAGUAAUUUGAAAGUUCGUUUCAUGUUUUUCGAAUAUUUUACAAAAUUGUUCAUAAUGCGGACGCCCAGGACCGCUUGGAAGGAUUUAUAUUUUCUACUUCGCGUUCUUCGUCUUCUUGGCGUAAUGACCGUCUUGGUCACGUCUGUCCGUUAAAGGGCUUACUAGACCUUUGUGUACGUGGAUAUUUAGUCCUCUCAUACAGAGGAGCGUCCGGUUUUGGUUGGAAUUCGAACCCACGCCGUCAAGUACAUUAAUUCCUUUAAAUUCUCUCGAACAAGUGAGGCGGCGUAUUGAUCGCUAGUUAAAAAUGACGUGAGCUAACUAGAACCAUCAUGUUUAAUUUUGUUUAACUCCGUUUAUAGAAACAUAGAUGGAACAGGAUGCAUUAAUUUGCAAAUACUAUGUAUGAAUAAAACGUAUAAUUUUGACAGAUAAAAAAAGAAAGGAGCCCUUGCUUGGAGGAAUAUUGUUUUGUUUCAGUAGUAAAGCGCGUAACACAACCAUCCCCAUACGCAUUUUGAAGCUACAAUUUAGCAGUAUUCAUUUUCAACUAACUAACGGAGUAAAAGCUGGCAGAUAGGUUUAAGCCAACCGAGCAAAGAAAGAGAGCGAGUGAAGGAGCAACAGAUAGAUAGAAAGGAAGAGAGAGAGAAUGAGAGAAAGAAAAAAAGAAAGA